AUGCCUGUCCUUUCCCCCGACCGCUUCGUACCCUUCCACGUAGUAGCAGCUGAUCGCUUCCGAGCCAACAAGCAGCCCCACGAGCUGACGCCCUCGGAACGCCUGUUACGUACCGAGAACGGCGGUGUUGACGCCUUCUGCUCCACAGCGAGGCGGCCAGUGCCCACCGCAUCCCGUCGUCUCUCCCGCUCAGAUUGUGUAGAGCGUCGCCAUGGCACAGUCUUGGGGCUGGACCCGCUCGAUCGCCAGGUCAGUCACGGCGCGGUGUGGUCAGUUGGCGGCACCGCUCCUAAUGGCGUCGCUGUCGACGGAGGUCGUGGCCGGCUCGUGAGCUCAGGCACCAAUGCUCGUCUAUAUACCACCUCAUUCUCCAAUCUGAGACCCAAGUCCGAGGAAGAGCAGGAGAGGCAUGAGGGUCGACUCGCGGUAGCGCUCGAUAUUGACCGUGUUAGACGUAUCCUCGACUUUGACGGCUUUUCAACUUUUCCGCGCUACAAGAAGAAGAAGAACAGGACGUCCUUACAGCCCGCUCAAACCGUCUGGACGGGAUCGGAAUGGGCUAACGAUGCGCAUUCGAUACCUAAAGUCUCGAAGCCAGAGCGUGUCUUACCCAAUGCUCCUUUCAAAGUUUUAGAUGCCCCCGGUCUGCGUGAUGACUUUUACUGCUCCAUCAUGGAUUAUUCCAAGUCUUGCAACACUCUGGCUGUUGGCCUAGGCAACCUCCUGUAUGGUUGGUCCGAAGCAUCUGGCGUCUCCCUUCUCAAUGCCGGCGUCAAAGACGGCUCUUGGCUUAGCUCGAUAGCAUUCUCCUCUGAUAAAGGCGGCAAGUCGAUACUCGCCUUCGGUCGAUCGAAUGGCUGUCUCUCGCUGAUGUCUCUAUACGACAGCUUGCUUCCCCGCUUCGAGGCACAGCAGCCAGCACCCGUGGCUUGUCUCUGCUGGCGCCCCACUACAACCAUGAGGCCGUCAGUCAGCGCUUGUAAACAGAAUUGUAUGGUAGCUACAGAAGAUCUCCUUGAAGUGACUCGGGAUAACUGGCCGGGCGCAAUGACACUCAUGGUCCGCAUCAAAGUCCACUCACAACAGGUAUGCGGCCUCGCCUGGUCACCUACGGGCGCUGACUUUGCCACGGGAGGGAACGACAACCUGUGCUGCUUCUUCCAGGCGGACAAGAUUCUGGAGGCAGAGCCUGAAAAAGCCAGUACGCUGCCGUUAGCGUCGACCCAGGACCCAAUUCCCACUACCAAGACCGGAACCUCUCAAACCGCGUCACCCUCUUCAUCAGGUCCCAGCAGUGCCGGCGUGUCUCCCUGCACCAGCGGAGGACCAGACUAUUAUACCAUGCGGCGAGAUCUCGUCCGCCAUCUUCCCGCCGGGUCAGAGAAGCACCGUUGGCGACACGCGGCAGCAGUCAAGGCGAUCGCCUUCUGCCCCUGGCGGGAGGGCCUCAUCGCGACGGGCGGGGGUUCCAACGACAAGUGCAUCCACUUCUACCACACGACGUCGGGCGCGGCGCUGGCGACCAUCUCGGUGGCGGCGCAAGUGACGUCGCUCAUCUGGAGCAAGACGCGGCGCGAGAUCGCGGCGACGUUCGGGUACGCGCAGCCCGACCACCCGUACCGCAUCGCCGUCUUCAGCUGGCCCGACUGCCGGCAGGUCGCGGCGGUCCCCUGGGAAGGCGAGCACCGCGCGCUCUACGCCGUCGCGUACCCCGGCGGGCCCUCGGACACGUACCGGACCAAAGCGCGGCUCCGAAGCCGCACGGCCGAGGAGGGGUGCGUGGUGGUGGCGAGCAGCGACGAGAGCGUGAAGUUCCACGAGGUCUGGCUCGCGGGGAGGAAGGCGACGGCGCUUGGGAGCGGCGUCUUGGCUGGGAGUGAUAUCCUGGAGAUGGAAGAGGGUAUUGAUAAGGAGGGUGAUGUCAUUCGUUGA